CGAGCUCGCACUUUGACGACAUCAAGAUUCAGCUGAAACCUUACACGCCGGGAUGUUUUUUUCACAAGAUCCUAUGCUUUUAUACCCGCAGCCUCCGUACAUGCAAACCGGGCCGGCCAUUCCUCGGAGCCCUCCAAGCAGACCGUCGUUUUUGAUCGACGAUCUUCUCGUCAGGAGACAAUCGCCUUAUUUAGUACCGAAACCACCACAAGAACACCCACACGAACCUCAAGUCCCUUCUAGCAGCGGAACGUCGUACAACUUUGGUAUGCCAGCUCUAUUCUCAAGAAGUCGCAAAGAACAUUCUACAGUUUAUCAAGGUAUAUUUCCGCUCUCAGCUCUUUCAUAACUUUUUUUUUCCUCCACCGAUUAAAAACUUCGCACUAGGGCGUGCCUAAAUUCAGCGUUUUCUUUCGGGUUAAAAUUAACCGCUGUAAAUUGAAAAAGUAUACAUAACGAUUACCAGUUUCAAGCGUUUAACUGAACUGUAUUUAAAUCUAUUACCAACUUUGUAAGAAAAUUGUUAACGGGGAGGAAAUCAAAGAAAUUUGAGCCGUUAAUGAGUUGAUACCGAGAUUUUCUAACCUCAGAGCAAAUACUUGGCGAUGAAAUUAGUUCACUAGUAUGUCACUCUCAAACAUGCUCACCAUAUCUACAGCGGUAGACUUUCUGUUUUGAAAUGAUUGGUAAAACCUUCUUUGGAGGUCGUAUUUAUUCGUUUAUCAUCAUAUCACAAGUAUAUAACAUUUUUGUUCGUCUUUCUGUCUUAUCAUUUCAAAACAACGAAUGAUAACACACAGCCGCUCAAUUAAUUUCAAAUUUAUCAAGCGAAAAAAAAAAAAAAUGGAAUGUAGCUCUGAUGCAGACCUUAGUCGUGGACUUUUAAGAUUAAACUUACGUUCCCGAAAAGAAAGCAAAGCCAUGUCCAUGUAAAUUAUUAUCAUUAUCAUUAGUUUUCUAUGCUAAGCGAGAAAAAAUGAACAAAAAGGAAGAAAAAGAAGAGAAGAGGAUUUUUUCUCUUUUCACAUUCAACAUUAUUCGAUAAUUCUCUCUCCUUCAUUUUAUUUCGACUUUAGUGUACUGAAUCACGCCUAUUGUAACAGUCCUUAAAUAAUUUUUUGUUCGCGUAGAUCCAAGCCCAGAGGUCCUUAAUUCGCUCCCAGUCUAUUUCCGUCUCAAACCGACGAUGAGGACUCCGAGUGGACGAAGAUGCCGUAAAUCACGCACAGUAUUUACCGAUCUUCAGCUACGAAUCCUAGAGAAAACUUUCUCGGAACAGAAAUACCUGGAUACCUCGAGCCGCGCCAAACUUGCCCAAACGUUGGGUUUGAACGAGACACAAGUAAAAACGUGGUUUCAGAACAGAAGAAUGAAAUGGAAGAAGGAUACCAAACAAAACAAACAAACUGGAAGCAUGGACGGAGAGUGUGCGCAUUCUCAACGCAAGAAUGAGAACGAGAAAGGCAGAGAGGAGGUUAGAGAAGUUUCGAGUGAAAAAGCGUUGGUAAGGCGAGGGGAUGAUUCCUAGAUUUACCAAAACAGCAUGGUGUGAAAUAUCAUGUGUUACAGUUUGAAGAGAAAUAAAGACAAACUUCAAAAGCUGUUUAUAAUGCCACAUCGCCCAAAUUACGCACUUUUAAUCAGAUGUACACAUAUAAUACUGUAAAACGCGCCUUAUGGAAAUUAUUGUUAUCCAUAUUGCAGACAUUACUAUAAUUAUUAUCUAUAAUUACAAUGUACUAUAUUGUAAAUCAUCAUCAGACUUAAAUUCUAAAGGUCAUAAUUGAAAGGAAUCGGUUUUCUGCCAGUAUCUGUCGGGUUAAUUUACUUAUACACUGUGCUAAAAUAGAUCCAGCUUCAGUGCAUCAAACUGGUCUGCGAUUUCAUCAAAAAUGACAAAACUAAGAAAUCUAUACGAAAUUUAGUGUUUAGGACAUUUGGUUAAUUAGACAUUUACCUAACGUGGCGAUUACUUUUUGUAGGGGGGAAGGGUGAGGGGAACUUCCCCUUAAAAAGGAUGUAGGAUAUAAUUAUAGUGUCAUUUGUAUUGGUCUGGAAACAGGUAUAUACUUUGUCCAUAAUGGAAUUGACUAGUCUGAUAUUGAACUACGAGUGCUUGUCAUCUUAUUGGUUGUUACAGAUCUGGAAACUGGCGUGGAAAAUGGCAACCCCUGGUCUGAAAUAGGAUCAGAAAUAAGCCGAGCGAUACACCCUACUACGCAUUCUACGGGUAACAUUUUAAGGGACAAAUGAGAAAUUCUUACUUAGUGUGUGAAUUCUGCAUGAAGAGCUUGGGUGCGGUGCAUUACAUUUUACAUUCAGUUUUAAGACAAACAAACACAAACAGAAACCACCUUAUAAGAUACCAAAAAUAAUCAGACGAUAACGAAAAUUUAAAAUAG